UAAAGCCCUCCCCUGCCUCCCAUUCUUCCUCCUCGCUCUUCCUCACUUCAUCCAUCCUUCUGCACCGAACCAUAAGCAUCUUUGUCCCUCUUUAUCACUUCUCUCUGCUUCUCCAUAUCUCGCUUCACCUGCAUUGCCCAUUUUUUUCCGACUGGAUUCUCAUAGGUCGAACAUUCGAGUUUAAAUUCGUACUUUCGUUGUUCUGAAGGGCGCCUGAGCGAGCAUUAUGGAAGACAUUUACCUGCAGGCUCAGAGGCCAAAAUACGAUUGCCUCCUGUUCGAUCUUGAUGAUACCCUCUACCCCCUAAGCACGGGACUCGCUGCAGAAUGCCGCAAAAAUAUCGGAGAUUACAUGAUCGAGAAGCUCGGGAUAGAUCCGACCAAAAUUGAUGCCUUGUGCAACCUUCUGUACAAGAACUAUGGGACAACAAUGGCUGGUCUACGGGCAAUCGGGUAUGACUUCAAUUACGAUGAGUACCAUGCCUUUGUUCACGGGAGACUUCCUUACGAGAAUUUAAAGCCUGAUCCGGUGCUGAGGAGCCUCCUCAUGAGCCUGCCUUAUCGCAAAAUUAUCUUUACGAAUGCAGACAAGAUUCACUCUGUUAAGGUACUGAGCAGGCUCGGGCUAGAGGACUGUUUUGAAGGGAUUAUAUGCUUUGAGACACUGAACCCAGUUCACAAGAACACCGUGUCCGACGAUGAGGACGAUGUUGCUUUCAUCGGCUCGCCAAUGAAUUCCUCUCCUGCUGCAACUAGCAAUAGUGAGUCUGGAAUUUUUGACAUUAUCGCCCAUUUCUCAAAGCCGAAUCCCGGAUCCGAGUUACCGAAGACACCUAUUGUCUGCAAACCUUCCGAUCACGCCAUGGAACGGGCUCUAGAGAUUGCUAAUCUCAGCCCCCAGAGAACGCUUUUCUUUGAGGAUAGUGUGCGCAACACGCAGGCAGGAAAACGGGUCGGGCUGCACACAGUGCUGGUGGGGACUUCUCAGAGGGUCAAAGGGGCAGACUACGCGCUGGAGAGCAUCCAUAACCUGAGGGAAGCAAUCCCACAGCUGUGGGAGGCUUCUGAGAAGAAGUCAGAAGUCAGCAGCAUCUCUGGCAAGGUUGCCGUUGAGACUUCUGUGACAGCUUAAUCAUCAUCAGCGGACGCAAAGUGAUAAAAAAACUCUAAUAAGGCCAAUUCGCUGCUGAUGUGUCAAGCGAAAUCCAUAGUCGAAUUAGGAUUAUAUCGUAGACCCAAUCUUGAUUUUCAGAUGUGCAACCAAAGUGUCGUCAUUAAUCGCGAAAAGUCGGGACUACGAUGGAUGGUUCCCGACCUGCAUGUCCACUUACCCCAGUGCUUAGAUGAUGUAAAUCCUUUUCUUGUGAAUAAUGAUUAUGAUUAUUAUCUUUAUGAUUUGAGGAGGAAAAUUGCUCUC